AUGUCAGUCGUCACUACAAAAUACACAGUAAGAACACGAAUGAGACAAGACCAGCCAACAGUGGUAAAAUAUGGCGAAGGCCGCAACAGUAUAGAACCUCCUGAUGGCAGUUGGGGAUGGAUGAUCGUGCUUCACUUUUUUCUGGUAAAUGUGUCAGUAAUGGGAACAAUGAAGAACUUUGCAAUUUUCUUUGUGGCCUUUCAAGAAAAUGUUGGUGGCUCUUCCGAACACAUUGGAUGGAUUGGCUCUAUUAUGAGUUCUCUUCGAUUCCUAGCAGCUCCACUGGUAACCACUGUAUGUGAUAUACUAGGAGAUCGGCAUACAUCAUUGAUUGGGGCAUGCCUGUUUGGUGCUGGCUGUCUCAUUAGCACACUGGCCACUAGCAUCUCCUUCCUUUGUGUAUCUAUGGGAUUUCUAUCAGGGCUGGGUUUUGCUUGCUUGUAUCAGGUGGGAGCUGUAAUGAUUGUUAAGUACUUCAAGAAGCGGCUGGCUCUAGCCAAUGCAAUCAGUCGCUCAGGAAUGGGACUGUGUGUUUUACUGGCACCUUUUGUUCAACUCCUGAUAGAAAGUUACGGUUGGCAAGGUUCUCUACUGAUAUAUGGCGGCAUGAUGCUGAACCUUGUACCUUCUAGCAUGCUACUAUGGCCGGUUAACAUGAAGAGACCCAAAGAUGUAGGCAUUAGAAAUGAUAGUGAUCAAAUAUCUACACACUGCAAGUUUCCAGAAACUUUUGAACACUGUCAAGACAAAAUCUGCACCUCAGAAUUAGACAGAAGGGAUCCUGAAAGUCAAGAAUGUGCUGGCACCAGCAACUUGCCACUGGCUGAAGAACAGCUGCCAGCUCCAGUGCAUUACAAGCGUUCUGAAGCACCACUGAAAGGCAGCCUUAUGGGCAACGAUGCAAACAACCAAACCAGCAGUCAAAGCUACUUUCCACCCCAAAAAGAAAAACAGUCCAAGCCUUUCCCCUGCAAAUUAUGCCAUCUUGAUUUUUCCCAGCUGAAAAACCCUUUCUUCUACAUUUUCACCUGGUCUUUUCUUUUCAGCCAGCUAGCCUACUUUGUUCCCACCUUUCAUCUUGCAGCCAGAGCCAAAACACUGGGCAUAGGCCCAAUGGAUGCUGCUUAUAUCAUUUCAGUGGCUGGAAUCACAGAGACGGUUUGCUUAUUGCUUUCUGGCUGGAUUGCAGAUCAGAACUGGAUUAAGAAGUAUCAUUACCAUAAGGCAUACCUCAUUCUUUGUGGUGUCACUAACCUGCUGGGUCCUCUAGCCACAACCUUCCCAGUAUUGAUGACCUAUGCUGUAGUCUUCGCCAUUUUCAGUGGUGGAUACUUGGCCCUGUUGCUUCCUGUAUUGGUGGAUCUUGUAGGUGCCCCAAGCUUCCACAGUGCUUUGGGACUCUCUUCAUUUAUUGCUGGUUUUGGAGUCAUUGCUGGUCCUCCCAUUGCAGGUUGGCUGUAUGAUUACACUCAGACGUACGCCUGCUCCUUCAUUUUUGCCGGCGUCUGUUUCCUCAUUUCUCCAAUUUCACUCUUCUUCGAGCCUUUAGCCCAAAAAUGGAGGCAAAAGAAAGAACGUGAACUGGACAUUUAA